ACUACAGAGGGCGCAAUUCAGGAAGUAGGGUAAACAUCACACACGAUGGCGAAGGACAAAGUCUUGGAGUUUGUUAUUGUUUUUAUGGUGCUUUCCUGCCAACUUGCCUCCAGUACUUCGUCAAUUGUGGACAAUUUUAACCAGUUCAUCUUAAAAUAUGAGAGGUCGUACGUGAACGGAUCUUCAGAAUACCAGAAACGCCUUGGAUAUUUUAAGGCUAGUCUUGGUCGUCAUGAACAGCUAAACUCCCUUCGAGUUCAUCCUGAAGAUGCGAUCUUCGGAGUCACGAGAUACUCUGAUCUUAGCCCAGAGGAGUUUGCUGCCACUGUACUGGGAAAACGAUCCAACAACUUUGCUUCCAGAGCGGCACGACCUGACUUCGGAUUGGUUAAUUUCAGAGGUAGUGAUGGUAGUCUCCGAGCGAACAAGCUUCCACUCAAAUAUAGUUUGCUUGACAAAAAACCUUCUGUAUUGACGCCAGUCAAGAACCAAGGAUCUUGUGGAGGAUGCUGGGCCUUCACUAUUGUAGAGUGCCUGGAGACUCAGCAUGCCCUCAAGUCUGGCACCCUGUAUGACCUAAGCACCCAGCAGGUGAUGGAUUGCAACAAUGUCACAGGUGAUCACGGAUGCACGGGUGGCAGUCUAUGCGGUACCCUAGACUGGCUCCAGAAGUCGAAGGAGAAGAUCGUACUAGAGAAGGAUUAUCCCUAUAAGGGAAAGACAGAGACUUGUAAACACUUGGAAGAAAGCGGCUUGGUUUAUCAGAAAAACUACACAUGUCAAUCAUAUAAAGAUAAUGAAGGGGAGAUGGUAGCUAAGUUGUUCAAUCACGGUCCGUUAGUAGCCGCCGUAGACGCCACAUCAUUCCAAGACUACAUGGGUGGAAUAAUACAGCACCAUUGCACUGACAGAUACGACAAUCAUGCUGUGCAAAUCAUUGGUUACGACAGAUCUGGAGACAUUCCAUACUACAUUAUCCGUAACUCCUGGGGAACCAGCUGGGGCCUUGACGGGUACCUGUACAUAAAGAUUGGUGGUAAUCUCUGCGGAAUCGCUAACACUGUAGGGAGUCUGGACACCAACUAAGUGCCACAUUUGUAGAGUGGUUAAGAGCAUCAAAUUCAAGUUCUGGUGCUAAGUCACCAGAGUGUGGGUUCGAAUCCUGGUCUAUACUCACAAGGGAGCUGAUGAGCAACAUUAAAAGGGAUGUUAUUGGCCCUAUGACCAGUAGGGCACUAUAUGUAAAGCGCAUUGAUACGGUUAUUGUGAAAUGCGCUUAUAUUAGAGUUAUUAUUACAAUUAAAUCACAUAAAAAGAGCAAUUUGCAGGCAACCAUUCCAAGCAAUCUAGAGGAAAUGUCCUGCUCCCUUUCUUUCUGUUUGUGAUACCAAUAGGCUUCAGGUGACCACUAACCCCCCCAAAAUACCUGUGUUCCAGUUUUCAAAGAACUUCCUUUGGGGAUAUGUAAAAUUUUGUAGGAAACUGUCUCUUGUGCCACCAAAGAUUUCUUUUUGCCUCCACAUUGCCUUGUGCUACAAGAAACAAGGACUUCAGUACAGUUCUUCUCAGUAGCAGGUUGCACCAGAUCGUAAUACCCAAGCCACGGUCUAUAAUCUUUUAGAUUUGAAAGUGUUUGUAUCUACUUAUUAAUCAUUUUUUGUUUCUUAUUUUUCUAUGCAAAAUCAACUUGUUAAUAAUAAAAAAAACUGCUUAAAGGCAGUGG